CCCAGAUAUAACAUUUGAUGUUGGCAGAGUUAUGGAAGCAUCACUUAUGGAUUCUGCAAGGUGUAUCUCCAUUGUGGACAUAGUCAUCAUCUGAACUAUCGUCCACAUUCUCGUGACAGCUUCCGCAUCAUCAAGUGGCAUUAGCAUGUAUGAUCCCACGUGAAUGGAAUAUUUCACUUGCACUUCCAAGUAAUGGCUUGGAGGAAUAUGUGUAGGUACAUAUAUUUUUUGCAGCAACUCUAACAUACAUGCACCACGAGAAACAAUUACAAUCCCAAUGACACACUAUUGGGAAGUUUGAGAUAUCCAUAUUCUAAUAACAAUACAUGACGACAAGUGAUGAGUACACAUUAAUAUACACAAUAUAUACACCCAGAUUCAACAUUUUAUAGACAUAACAACAUAUUAAAAAAACUCUCAUAUUUAAGCAAAUCCUAUAUGAUAUAAUUACACUUAACAAAAUCAAAAUGUUACAUUUUCCAAAAAAUGCAAAAUAUUACAUUAAAAUUCACAUUACACAACAAAUCCACAACAAAAUCAAAAUAAUACAUUAAAUUCAACAAUUAAAUUCAUCAUUUCAUACAUAUCCACAUUACACAACAAAUCAAUUCACAAAUCAAUUCCUAAUUUACGAAUUCGAAAUUUAUACAUUCUAAACCCUAACUUGAAAAAUGAGAUGAAAUAGAGAUUUGAUUUACCUAGACGAAAGAGUGUUGAAGAAGAUGGGAGGUGGAGUCCAAUUUACAUGCUCCCAUAUUGGAGGCCCUAACGAUAUAUGAGGUGUGAUCUUUUUUUUGUGGUACAUUUUUACAGUAAUUUUCUGACACUCAAAUCCCAAACCUCAUCUCAUCAUCUUUAGGCAUUGAAGGGACUGAAGAAAGACUGGCACUGCGAUAUUAGAGCAUCUCCAAUAGAGAUGUGAGUUUCAGAGCUAUAAAUGUGGACACAUUAUCAUAAAAACAGGCAAUUAGUCCGGAUGUGAGGCUGACUUAGCCUGCCAGACAGUUAAUCUAAAUUUCCUACUCCAACCCUACUGUGACUUUUCAAACCUACUUAAAUUAAAACCUACUUAAAAAAAUAAGCCCCAAUUGCCAAAGAAGUAGCGCCAAACACUUGAAGUUGUGGAGUUUUGCGCCAAAGAAAUAGGACGCAGUCGCUGAAAUGGAGUGCUAUCCUCUGCGUAAUAUAUAGAAACUGAAGUUUUAUGCAAAAAAAAUCAUCUUCUAGCUUCUCUGAAAUAUCAGCUUAUGCAAGGCAAGUUUAUGCGUAACUUCGUUAUUCAGAACACGGUUGGCCGCAUAUUGAAGAAAACUUAGGACAGGUAUGUAGAAUCCUAUACGAUUAAAUGGAAUAAUAUUUGCACUUUAUCUAUUUUCACAAGUUAGUUGUGGGAUGUACCUUCGGGGUAGUAAUAUGAAUUAUCAAUGUGCUCCUCAAAGACAUUUCAAAAAUGAAAGUCUGAUUUGCACUUCAAGUGUUUGAUAUAUUGUCUCUUUAAAGCUUUUUCUCAUGUAGCACAUGGACUAUAAUAUUCACUCGUUAGUUACAACAUACAAUGCCAGCUCAAAUUCUUUCUAAGGUUAAGCAAAUAUCAGUACAACUAUGUCUCUUUCUCAAUCUGAAAGUAGCUAUGAUAGUUCAUCAUCUGACAAUGAAGACCUCUCAUUGACAAAACAGAUAUUUGAUGAACCAUCAGAUGAUGAUAGUGCUUUAAAAUCUCUCGUGAUUUGGUUGAUACUAUGACUAUCCAUGUUCCUGUGAUAGUUUCAGCAAUGUUUGGUGGAAAGAGGCAUGUUCAUGGGGGUUCAAUAAGUGGUAGACGUUAUAUUCACCGAGAUAGAAAGAAACGUCAUGAUGUAAUUAUUAAUGACUAUUUUAAAGGUGAGAACUCCAAGUAUACAACUGAGCAUUUUCGACGUCGGUUUCGAAUGGAUGUGCAUUUAUUUACACACAUUUUGAAAGAAAUUGAAAAAUAUGAAAGUUACUUCUCUUUAAAGUUUGAUGCUACUGGAAAAGAAGGAUUAAGCCCUUUACAGAAAAUGAUAGCUGCAGUGAGGAUGCUUGCAUAUGGCUGUCCAGCUGAUAUUUUGGAUGAAUAUGUUCAAAUUGGCGAAAGCACUGCAAUCGAAAGUCUUAUGCAUUUUUGUGAUGCUGUGAUAGGGAUUUUUGGGCAGCAAUAUUUGAGAAAACCCGAUAACAAUGACAUCUCCAAAUUGCUUCAAGAAGGAGAGGAACGAGGGUUUCCAGGAAUGCUUGGGAGUCUUGACCGUAUGCAUUGGCAUUGGAAAAAUUGUCCAAUGGCUUGGCAUGGCACACACACUAAUGGAUUUAAACAGGUUCCUACUCUCAUUUUAGAGAUUGUAGCCUCAAAGAAUUUAUAGAUUUGGCACGCGUCCUUCGGUAUGGCUGGUACUAAUAAUGAUAUCACUGUAUUGGAUAGAUCUCCACUAUUUGACGAUAUUAUUAAUGGAGUUACACCACCAUGUAGCUAUGAAGUCCAAGGCCACCAUUAUAAUAUGCGGUAUUAUCUGACUGAUGGAAUUUACCCAAAAUAUGCCACUUUAAUUCAAUCUAUUUCUCAACCCUCUUCUCUUAAAGAGAAAAUAUUUUCUGAGCGCCAAGAAGCUACAAGAAAGGACGUGGAGCGGACUUUUGGAGUUUUGCAAAGUCAGUGGCAUAUUGUUAAAGGUCCCGCACGCAUGUGGAAAGAAAAAGAUCUAGGAAAUAUAAUGAAGGCUUGUAUCAUCUUGCACAAUAUGAUUAUCAAGAGUGAGUGCAGCCAAGGUAUGAAACCCUGAAGAUUGGAAACCACACAAAGAUGAAAGGGCUGAAGCUGUAGAGUUGGAGCAUGAUUAUAAUUUUAUUGUCUCCGAAAUGAUUCAAAGAAUGAAACAGGUUCAAGACAAGAGUGCACAAGGAUUUUAAAAAUGACCUCAUCAAUCACAUAUGGGAGUUAUAUGGUGGUCAACAAGCAACAUGAUUUUAUAUAGGAAUUUAAGGUUACGAUAUUUGUAAUAAAAAACCUUAAAAUGCAAGAAAGACUUGUAUUCGUAUUUUAGCCUGCUAAAUAAUGCUUCUUCCUAGUAAGCUUGUCGGAAUAAUGUAACGUUUAACACUAAGACUCAUAUUCAAAUGUUUUUCCUUUUACUUUCAUCUGUCAUACAUAUUGAUAGAACAGAAUG